AUUGUUCCAUUUGUCAAAAGGUAGCAGCCAAUUUCAAUUUGACUACACUCUUUCUUCACCUAAUUCCUUUCAUCUUCUUCUUCUUCUUCCUGUUUCUUCUACGUGCUUCUAACUCCUAUAUCACAGAUCAAAAAUCCGGCGGCAGGGUGCAGAAGAAUGGGUGUUGGACGUGAAGUAGCAAUUUCAUUGGAUGGAGUUAGGGACAAGAACAUGAUGCAACUCAAAAAAAUCAACACCGCUAUUUUCCCAGUACGCUACAACGAUAAGUAUUACACUGAUGCCAUUGCCUCUGGUGAUUUCACCAGGCUAGCAUAUUACAGUGAUAUCUGUGUAGGUUCGAUUGCAUGUCGCAUUGAGAAGAAAGAAAGUGGGGCUGUUCGUGUUUACAUAAUGACUCUGGGUGUUUUGGCUCCAUAUCGUGGGUUAGGGACUGGUACAAAGCUGUUGAAUCAUGUCCUUGAUCUUUGUGCCAAGCAGAAUGUUACCGAUAUUUAUUUGCAUGUGCACACAAUUAAUGAAGAAGCCAUCAAUUUCUAUAAGAAAUUUGGAUUUGAGGUUACUGAUAAAAUCUCAAACUAUUACACAAACAUUACCCCACCAGACUGUUUUGUCCUGACCAAGGUCAUCACUCAAACAAAGAAACAGACGGCCUGAGCUGUUUGAUUGAGUCGUCUUUGUCACGCCUUUACAACAUCUUUGAGGUUCUGAGCCCUUUCUGGUUCAGAGCUUGUGCUAUUUAUGGGCAAUAUGCCCCUAUUGAAUUGUGACUGAGUUCCCCCUCCCCUCGUCCUCGUCUUUUGGUAAAUUAUCUUUGAUGUGCAACAGAACUACAGUUGAAUGAUUUCCCUGUAAUAGAAAUAGUACAUUGCAAUGCAAACAUUCAAGUUAGUUAGUUAAUGAUUUUGUCGUGAGGAAUUACUUUCUAAUGAAACUAUGUGGAUUUUGCAAGCUU